AUGAUAAGGGGCGGCAACAACCAGGAGGCGGCGGACGUCGAGGAGCUGCUAGCCCACCAGCAGAACAAGCACGCCGCCGUGGCGACGUCGCGGCAAUGGUCGGCGCAGACGGAGUCGCGCAUCGUGCGCGUCUCCCGCGUCUUCGGCGGCAAGGACCGCCACAGCAAGGUGAAGACCGUCAAGGGGCUGCGCGACCGGCGGGUGCGCCUCUCCGUGCCCACGGCGAUCCAGCUCUACGACCUGCAGGACCGCCUCGGCCUCAACCAGCCUAGCAAGGUCGUCGACUGGCUGCUCAACGCCGCGCGCCACGAGAUCGAUAAGCUGCCGCCGCUGCAGUUCCCGCCGCAGGAGCACCUCAUGGUCGGCCACCUCACGCCCCACAUGCCGCUGGGGCACGAGGAGAAGUUCGGACUAAUCGCCGCGGCCGCGGCGCUCGCGAGCGACGGAGGCGGCGCCAAGGUCAGCCAGCAGGGCGACGUCGACGUCGACGGGACUGGAUCCCACCACUUGGUGGGGAGGUUCCCCGGCUGCGGCUACCACCGGUUCAUGGAGCUGAACAGCGCGUUGGGCAUGGUCAGUAGCGCAAUGGCGCCGUAUAACAACUACACCGGCGGAGAGGCAUGGAAUAACAGCGGCGGCGUGCAUGACAGCUGCGCCGGCGGCUCGCCGCAGGUCGUGGCAGCCGCUCACCACUCGCCGUUCCCGUCGCUGCUCUCCUUGGCUCCACGUCCGCAUCAGCUGGCGUUCUACUCCUCGGAAGCUGAUCAGCAGUUUCAGGUGGAGAACCUUGGCUCGCAAAGCCUGUCCUUGAGCUCGGCGAGGGCUUACCAUGAUCAGGCUAGCUAG